GCAGCCGUGCUGCUCUGGAGCUCGCAGAAGCCGUUCCGGACAAACACUGCUCUCCCUGGGACGCUGAUUCCAAAUGCCGGGAAGCCGGGAGGACGCUGUCUGGCUUUUGUGGAGAGCAAUGGCGUGGAACAGGAGACGGAGCAGAGGCAGCCUCAGGCAAGUGAUCUUCUUGUUCCUUCUGUGCUUUUGCGUGUGGCAGAGCGGGGCCGAAAGCCUCCGCUAUUCUCUGGCGGAGGAGAUGGAGAGGGACUCCUUUGUGGGCAAUAUUGCCCAGGACCUGGGGCUUACCCCGAGCCAGCUGGCAGCUCGCAAGGCGCGCGUUGUGUCGGAGGGGAACCAGCAGCUUUUCCGCCUCAACCCGAGCACCGGAGUGCUGACGGCCAAGGAGUCUCUGGACCGAGAGGAGAUCUGUCCUCAGAGUGAGACGUGUACGCUCUUUUUUACGCUCUUCUUUGACAACCCGUUGCAGCUGAUCGGAGGGGAGGUGGAGGUUCUUGACGUGAACGACAACUCCCCAGUGUUCCCCAAGAAGGAGAUGGUUUUAAAGAUUCCAGAAACAACACCUCCUGGUUUUCGUUUCCCUCUGCAAAGAGCACAGGAUAAGGACGUGGGCACCAACGGUUUGCAGAACUACAGCCUCGGACCCGAUUCACACUUUUCCCUUACUGUGAAAUCAGGGAAUGAUGGAGCAAAAUACCCAGAGCUUGUCUUAGAGCGCCAGCUGGACCGUGAAGAAAAGACAGAGAUUAAUCUACUCCUGACUGCCACUGACGGGGGCUCUCUACCGAGGUCAUCAACCGCUCAGGUACGAAUCAUACUCCUGGAUGCCAACGACAACAUUCCGAUGUUUAGUCAGGAAGUCUACGAGGUGCGCCUCGCUGAGAACAGCCCGCCGGGACAGCUGGUAGUCAGAGUGGCGGCCACAGAUCUCGACGAAGGGUCCAAUGGGAAGGUGCACUACGUUUUCACCGAGACAUCAAAGGGAUCACAGCAGCUCUUCUAUCUGAACCCUGACACGGGGGAGAUUCGAGUCGCCAGAAGCCUGGACUUUGAAGAAACAAAAAAACACGAGAUGACGGUAAAAGCCACUGACGGCGGAGAACUAUUCUCGCAUUGCAAAGUGCUGGUGGAAGUCAUGGAUGUGAAUGACAAUGCCCCAGAGAUACAGCUGACCUCACACAAUACCUCCAUUCCUGAGGACGCACCGCCACGCACCGUGGUGGCCCUCUUCAGUGUGCGGGACCGGGACACCGGCAACAACGGCAGAACGGAGUGCAUCAUCGAAGGGGACUUGCCCUUCACUCUUACCCCCACCUUCGGCAAUUUCUACGAGCUGAGAACCAACGCGGCGCUGGACAGGGAGACGACGGCAGAGUACAACAUCAGCAUCCGAGCGACGGACUGGGGCCCGCGGCGCCUGAGCUCUCGGCAGAGCCUGUGGGUGCAGGUGUCGGACGUGAACGACAACGCCCCCGCCUUCAGCCAGGAGCUCUACAGCAUGUGGGUGACGGAGAACAACAGCCCCAUGGUGCGCAUCGGCAGCGUGCAGGCCAGCGACGCGGACGCGGGCAGCAACGCGCGCGUGCAGUACGCGCUGGUGCGUGAGGAGGGCGAGGAGCAGCCGGCGGUGUCGGUGAGCUCGGAGAGCGGCGACGUGUACGUGGUGCGCUCGCUGGACUACGAGCGGGUGCGCGCCUUGGAGGUGUGGGUGAGCGCGGCCGACGGCGGCUGGCCGGCGCUGAGCGCGCGGGCGCUGCUGCGCGUGCUGGUGCGCGACGAGAACGACAACGCGCCGGUGGUGCUGCACCCUGGUGCCGAGAGCGGCGCGGGCGCGGGCGAGCUGGUGCCGCGCUGGGCGCCGGCAGGCUACCUGGUGGCCAAGGUGGUGGCGGUGGACGCGGACGCGGGGCAGAACGCCUGGCUGUCCUACGAGCUGGCCAAGGCCACGGAGCCGGGGCUCUUCCGCCUCGGGCUGCACAGCGGCGAGCUGCGCACGGCGCGGGCCGUGGCCGAGCGCGACGCGCCCCGACACAGGCUCGUCGUGCUCGUGCGAGACCGCGGCCAGCCGCCGCGCUCGGCCAGCGCCACCCUCGCCGUCGCCCUGCUCCACGACUUCUCCGACGCCCAUGUGCGCCUCAGCCAGGACGCGCCGCCCGCCGAGCCCGACGACACGCUCACUCUCUACCUCAUCGCCUGCCUGGCCUGCGUCUCCGCGCUCUGCCUGGCCACCGGCCUGGCCGCCCUGCUCAUGAAGCUGCGGAGGGACAGGCAGAGACAGGACGAGCCCUUGCCCACCUUCCCGACAGCUGUCGCCGAGAGCGAUGCGGGCUCCCUUCCCCGCAGCCUUGUCUACGACGUGUGUUUGGCCACCGGCACCCUGAGCAGCGACUUUCACUUCCUCGGUCCGCUCUUGCCCUGCUUCCCCGCUGGGAUUCCCUCCGGUGUGGCCCUACAGCGGAGCUCGGUGUGCUCGCAAGAAGCGUCCAACCUUGGUGAAGGAAGCAACUCGGCUGCACAGGGCAGAGCUCCCCUCUCUCAAGGCACUGGUCCCACACUUGCUGAAGAAGCUUGUCCUGCAAACACUAGGGUGGAGCUGAAUGUCAGCUCUGACCAAAACCCUUGGCUCACCCAUCAAUAAGUACAGAGAAAGACAAGAUUGUCUUCUCAGGCUAAUGUCACACUGGGAAAACACAACAAAGAGACCAAACACCCACCAAAAAAGCACCAGUGAGGUAAAAGUCUUCUCUGAGAGACACAUAAACCCCUCUCCUCUUGAGCAGUGCUUUAUGUGUGUAGCUAUUGUGUACUUGUGACAUGGAUGGAGGAUGAGGACUGUCUUGCAUGCUGAUUACAUCAAGACUGCAUUUCUGUUAUAUUCCAGGUAGCUUUUUCCUCCAUCACCUUUUUUGUGUAUUUUGUCUUUAGCAGAGGGCUCUUUAACAAUGUCUUGAUUUUCUGCAGUCUGGUCAAUCCCAGGCAAACAGAUUUUCAGCAGAAUUCAGUGGUGUUUGCAAAGUAAUCCCUUAAUAACAGCCAGAAGAUUAUUACACUCAGAAGAUUAUUACACUAAAAACAGCUGAAAAUGGCACAUUUGGCCUCUUUGACCAAGAAUGGACUUUGAGCUAUGUGUGCUUUUUUUGUUUUGCAAUGUGAGGUAGAAAAGGACAUUUCAAGA